GUGCGUGCGCGCUCCCGGUCUUGAGAGAGCGAGUGAGUCGUAAGGAGAGUUUACUUUCCAGAGUUCAAGGUUUGUUCUCGGUGUUAGUCAGGGAUAAGGGUUGCUGAGGUGGAAAGCCCCUAUUAACUGGAGUCAAGAUGCUGAAUAUGUGGAAAGUCAGGGAGUUUGUUGAUAAAGCAACUAACGUUGUGAUGAACUACUCGGAGGUGGAGUCCAAGGUGCGGGAAGCCACCAACGAUGACCCCUGGGGACCGUCGGGUCAGCUGAUGGCAGAUAUCUCCAGGGCCACCUUCAUGUACGAACAGUUUCCAGAGGUCAUGAACAUGCUUUGGGCCCGCAUGCUGAGGGACAACAAGAAGAACUGGAGGAGAGUCUACAAGUCCCUGCUGCUGCUUGCACAUCUCAUCCGUAACGGCUCAGAGAGGGUUGUCACCAGCAGUAGGGAGCAUCUGUACGACCUCAGGUCCUUGGAGAGCUACCACUUUGUAGAUGAGAAUGGCAAGGACCAAGGGGUGAACGUGCGUCAGAAGGUGAAGGACAUGGUGGAGUUGGUGCAGGACGACGAACGGCUCAGGGAGGAACGAAAGAAGGCGAAGAAGACCAAGGACAAAUACAUUGGCGUGUCGUCGGACAGCAUGGGAGGGUACAAGGGCUACUCGGGGGACAGGUAUGACUCGAGCGAAGGCCGGGGUAAGUGGGACGAUGAGUGGGACAAGAACCGGGGCCAGUUCCCCUUCAGCGAGAAGCUCAGCGAGAUCAGCGACAAGAUCGGCAGCACCAUCGACGACACCAUCAACAAGAUCCGCAACAAGGAGCGCGACUCCUCCCCAGACAGGUUCAGUGAGCACGAGGAGGAGAGGAAUAGACAGGCCCAAAACGGCCAGUCCGGCAGAGAGUUCAAAGACGAUGAGGAGACCGUCACCACCAAGAGCGUCCACAUCGUCCAGGCAACAGAAACCACGGCAACGCGAAAGAGGGGCGGCGUGCCGACCAAAAAAGUAGACUUGGGUGCUGCCGCCAACUACGUGGGGGACAACAGCCCAGAGGUCACCCCAAAACAGUCCCAACCAGCCCCCCCUCAGCCUGCCAGCACUGGCCUGGCUGACCUGCUGAUGGUGGAGAGUGGCCCCAGCCAGACGCCUGCCUCAGACCUAAUUGGAGGCUUCGCUGACUUUUCUUCGCCCGUCGCCUCUUCCGGCCUGUCCUCGGCACCCGCCCCUGCAGCCGCCGGCCCCAGUGAGUUUGGCGACUGGAACGCCUUCCCUGGCGGCCAGAUGCCCGCCUCGGUCCAACCCGCCGUGAGCCCCAGCGGGAACAACCUCUUCGGGGGCAUGACCCCCAGCCUCACCCCGGCCGCGGCCCCCGCCGCCCCCUCGGCCGACCUGUUUGAUCUGAUGGGGUCGACCCAGACCCUCGCCUCCUCCCAGAGCCUCAACUUCAGCAUAAGCAGCAUGCAGAGCAUUAGCACCAUGGGCGGGCCCCCGUCCAUGGCACAGAACCUGGAGCCUGUGAAUGCAGCCAUGGGCCAUGGGUCUAUGAUGCCGAUGCAGCCGGGUGUGUCCGGGGCUGGGGCAGCGGGCAAGGGUCCACUGCCCUCCACCUGGUCGGACCACGCCGUCAACAUCAGCCUAGACUUCCUGGGGCCUGGCGCCCAGCCCCCAAAACCGAACCAGCCCAGCCUCAAAACACUUCAGCAAGUGCACCAGCCCCCAGCACCAGCCAACAUGCUCUCCCCGGGAUUUGGAACCAUGAGCCUGGGACCAGCCGCAGGCCAGCAGCCGGUCAGUCCCAUGAUGAUGCACCCUGGAGGUGGCAUGGGAAUGGUUCCUAACCAGGCCAUGAUGGGCAUGAACAUGGGUGGGCCGCAGCCCGGGAUGGGUAUGGCCAUGGGCAUGCCGGCCAACAUGGGUAUGGGCAUGAACAUGGGAGGACCACAGCUUGGGAUGGGCAUGGGGAUGCCCGGCGCCAUGGGGAUGAGCAUGGGGAUGAACUCUUCCAUGGUCCAACAGCAGCCCAAACAGGAUGCCUUUGCCGACUUUGGCAACUUUGGGAAGUGAUGAUGGAGCCGGAUUGCUGAAGAGUGGCGACGAUCAUCUCUCUGUCUCUCUCUUUCUCUCGUUAUCUCCGUCCAACAGUGAAGGAUGUCAAGAGCUGCAAACAAAGAGUACAUGGGGAAGUUGGGGGGGGGGGGAAGAAAAAAGGAAGUCCAAUAUUGUUAAGACCCUGCAAUCUGUCUUUUUAUCAAUGCAUAUACACAAAGUAAUACUGUUAUGGAGGUGUGGGUGAGUGUGUUUUAUCAGUCAGCACCAUUGAUCGGCCUGGACUGGAUCAGUGGCAGAGUAGGCCGCCCCGGCGACGGGGAGGGGAAUGCCUGAAAGUGGUUCCUGUCACAGUGAGAAUGUUGGGGGUUGGGGGGGAGGGGGGGGGGGGGUUUGCUUCGUAACCUCAGAUUAAAAAUCACCAGACAAGCAAAAACAUCAUUUAUAUUUAGCAGCAUAUAUUUUCUGAGAUGCGUUCUUGAUAACUUAACUGAAUGUGCGUGUGGUUUAACCCAAUCAGCUUCCUUCCGUGUAGUUCUAAUGUAGCUUUACAAAUAUGCUCUCGCUCUCUCUCUCUCUCUCUCGUUUCUCUGCGCUUGCCUUUGCUUCUGUACAUAGACACGCGGUGCCCUUACAAUUUAAGCAAUGAUGUUCUUGGAUGGGAGUCGGUGGUGGAGGUGCAGGUGGGAGACUAGGCCUGAUGUCUAUAAGCACCUUUUAUAGAGGAUACUUUUAUUAAGUCGCUGUCCUCCGGUGCCCUCUGGCCCCGACUGGUGCCUACCAAUCCUUGAGAGAGCAAUGAGAGGGAGGGACGUUUGGUUUGGAUGAUGCGCCUCAAUCUGUAGACCUUUUGUGGCCUUUUUAUGAAUUAUCGUUUUCUUCUUCUUUUUGAGAUAUAAUCAGCUAUCUGUAAUUGAGACAAUCCGUAAGUAGAAUCACACAGACUCAAUGAAGGGGUUAUUUAACUCUGUAUUUAUUGCAGGGCAGCCUGUGUACUCACAAGUCUGCUCAUUUGCAAAGUGAGAAGCCUUCGUGGCUGCGGUGUCCAUGGGGAAGUGCGUUGCUAGUGUGUACAGGAAAAUAUUAGCGUUCAUACCAGCAACCUGGAAGUCACUAACUCUGUGUGUCCCGGGAGGUCGAUGAAGUUUGGCUGUUCCCCUUUUUUUAAAAUUGUGCGUUUAACGUUCACCAUCAUUCUUAUAAGGUUAGCGCUUAUAACCUCCGUACUAAAGAACACGCACAAUACAAACAAACAGGAAUCGCCAAGGCGCUGUCACUUGUAGAGACGUCCCCGUAGACGUUCAUCAUUCCGAGUUCAAUGCUUGUUACCGUCUGCUUCUGAAUCCGCAAGGUGGAAGGAGGAUGCUCUUGUUUUUUUUCAUCACAGAUACAGAUUUGUUGGCACAGUGUUUUGCUGUUUGAGUCAAAUGGGGGGGGUGUUCACACUCAGACACUGAGGGAUCCUGGACCUGCAGCCACUGCAACGGCUUGAGACUCGUCCCUUAACGUCCUACGGGUUCAAGAGUCAAAGCUUCACUCUUUUCUUCAAGGUUUUUCUUUUAAGUGCCUGGUUGUGUUGUGUUGUCUUCCGACCCCUUCCUCUUCUGUUGACGAGCAAUAGAAAUGAUUUUUGAAGCUGAAUGAUUGGUACAAGACGACGUGAGCAGAGUGACAUUACUGGUACAUCCAAUGACGAGAUAAAUAAUUCACUGACCAAGAGGGGGAAAGGUGGUAUGGUCUAAAGGACCCCGGAGACUGCACUCUGAGCCUUGACCAUUCUACACAGUGAGCAUUGUAGCCGUCUGAAGGAUUUGCCUGAUUAAAAACAAGAAAAAAACAAUGACCAAAAUCAAGUUCUUUUUUUUUUUCAACAUCUUAAAUCAAGUUUAUUUGAAUUGUUUUCUACUUCGAUUCGUUUGGAGAUUUUCUGUGUAUUAGGAUAGUUACUGAAAACACUACUUUAUGCAAGAGGUUCACCCUGAACUGUCCUUUUGAUAAAAAGAGCAUUUGCAUUUUUUUUUCCCAGAUUUUGAUUUACACAUGAUCCUAUAUCAACGACAUUAAACAGUUGAUUGACA